AUGGCAGACUACCUGAAGCGUGUGUGGGCGGAGAAAUACACAGCUGCUAGGAACAGCGACAACGACUUGGACUACGAGGCUUUGAGCAAGUUGACUCAAUUCAAGGCGUUCAAAAACAACCCAGAAGAGAUCCAGCGCCACGAGCCUGCGCUGCUGAAAGAGUUCUACGAGGUUUACUUAGCGGACCAAGCCCUGAAAGCAGACGCACACGUGCAGACCGCUGGAUCGGGUUCGUCGAAGCUAUCGCAACGUGGCGGAGCCGAGCACCUGGCGAUCGAGCAAUAUGACAUCCAGGCGGCUCAGCAGCUUACCGCAGCCAGAACACUAGCGUCAGACCAAGCGCCAGGGCCUCCAAUCUCGCAGACACCCGUGGUCGUGCAGGAGGAAGGUGCCCCAGCUCGGAGCCUGCAAACCCACCCUUUGCGAGGGGAGUAUGCGAAUUUUGAACUCUCUAUUUCGCAAGCACUGCAGCAGUUCCGAAAGAAGCUAGGGGAGGAGCAAGCGCGGUCAAGGAAAUUAGAGGGGCAGUUAGCAGCCGCUAGAAACGAGCUGACCGAACUCAGGAAUUUUGAUCUCCCAGACAACGAUAUAACUAUCGCGUUGAUGAAGGAGUUGCGGAAUUCGAUUUUACAACUAGCCGAGGAGAAGGCGAUUUCAAGUGGCUUGCGCAACAAACUUGCCCAUGUGGAAACUGAGUUGAAUUUGUCGAAGCAAUCCGUCACCACGCACGCAGACAAUCUACUUAAGGCGCAGGCUAGCCAUGCUAAGAAACUCCAGGAUGUGCACGAAGACAUGAACAACCUCACGAGAGAGGUGGACGCGCGCAAGAAAAAACUGGAGGACCGGGAGAACGAGGUCGCGAGAGAAGAAUAUGGAGAACAAGGAGGAAGAACUACAAGUCAAAGCCGAGGAGCUGCAAUCGCAUGA